AUGAUUGGGCAUUCUCUCAGGGUAGUUAACAAAGGACGAAAGAAGGACCAGAGACGACCAGAGAGGACCAAGAGGACCAGAGAGACCAGAGAGGACCAGAGGACCAGAGAGGACCAGAGGACCAGAGACCAGAGAGGACCAGAGAGGACCAGAGGACCAGAAGGACCAAGAAGGACGAGAGAGACCAGAGAGGACCAGGGAGGACCAGGGAGGACCAGAGGACCAGAAAGAACCAGAGAGGACCAGGAAGGACCAAGGACGAGAGAGACCAGAGAGGACCAGAGGACAGAGAGGACCAGAGAGACCAGAAGGACCAAGAAGGACGAGAGAGACCAGAGAGGACCGGGGAGGACCAGGGAGGACCAGAGAGACCAGGAAGGACCAAGAAGGACGAGAGACCAGAGGACCAGGGAGGACCAGGAAGACCAGAAAGAACCAGAGAGGACCAGAAGGACCAAGAAGGACGAGAGAGGACCAGAGAGGACCAGGGAGGACCAGGGAGACCAGAGAGACCAGAGAGGACCAGGAAGGACCAAGAAGGACGAGAGGAGGACCAGAGGACCAGAGGACCAGGAGGACCAGAGGAGGACUAGAGGAGGACUGAGAGGACCAGAGAGAGACCAGACGGGACCAGAGGACCAGAGAGAACCAGAGAGGACCAGAAGGACCAAGAAGGACCAGAGAGGACCAGAGAGGACCAGAGAGGACCAGAGAGGACCAGGAAGACCAAGAAGGACGAGAGAGGACCAGAGAGAGGACCAGGGAGGACCAGGGAGGACCAGGGAAGACCAGAAAGAACCAGAGAGGACCAGGAAGGACCAAGAAGGACGAGAGGACCAGAGAGACCAGGGAGGACCAGGAGGACCAGAGAGGACCAGAGAGGACCAGGAAGGACCAAGAAGGACGAGAGAGGACCAGAGGACCAGAGGAGGACUAGAGGAGGACCAGAGAGGACCAGAGAGGACCAGACGGGACCAGAGAGGACCAGAGAGGACCAGAGGACCAGGAAGGACCAAGAAGGACGAGAGGGACCAGAGAGGACCAGAGAGGACCAAAGGGACCAGGGGACCAGAGGGACCAGGAAGGACCAAGAAGGACGAGAGGACCAGGGAGGACCGGGAGGACCAGGAGGCCAGAGGAGGACUAGAGGAGGACCAGAGAGGACCAGAGGACCAGACGGGACCAGAGAGGGACCAAGAGGACCAGAGGACCAGAGAGGGACCAGAGGGACCAGGAAGGACCAAGAAGGACGAGAGAGGGACCAGAGGGACCAGGGACCAGGGAGGCAGGACAAAACCAGAGGACCAGAGAGGACCAGAGGGACCAAAAGGACGAGAGAGGACCAGAGGACCAAAAGGACGAGGACGGGAGGACCAGAGAAGCAGAGGACCAAGAAGGACCAGAGAAGACCAGAGAGGACCAAAUGAAUGA